AUGUCGCACUUCAUAUCAGCUAUAGCUACAUGCAGGUGUGCUAGAAUCAUUUUUAUCGGCAAUAAUUUUCAAUAAGUUUAUGUGCGAGUAGUUUCAAACUCCGUGAUUAAUAGUUCUAUGAAUAUUGUGUUAUUCAGUAUUUCGCUCGUCCAUAUUUCACUUCGCAAGCAGGAUUGAUAGGGACCAGUAAUUUUUCAGAAACAAACCGUAAAAAUUGUGUGCUGUUAAUGAAAAAGUACCGGAACGACAGGUCAAUUCCACCGUACAUUCAGCGAAUUAUUUUUCGUUAUUUUCUUAUUAUACUGACCACCAUGGCGACUCCCAUCCAGCAGUUCUAUGCUGGGCAAAGUGUUUUCAUCACAGGUGGAACCGGAUUCCUCGGAAAGAUCCUGAUUGAAAAGCUGCUCCGAUCAUGUCCAGAUAUCUCAUCGAUUUAUUUGCUAGUGAGGUUUAAGAAAGGGCAGAAUGUGAUGCAGCGAAUGAACAGUUUAUUUGAGGAUCCUGUCUUUCAACGCCUGAAGACCGAGGCGCCAAAAUUUCGCGACAAAGUUGUAGCGGUGGCUGGUGACUUUGCCUUACCAGCUCUGGGAUUAUCCCCUGUCGACCAAGAUUUACUUGUUCGUAAUAUUACAAUUGUUUUCAAUAUCGCAGCGACUGUGCGAUUCAACGAGAAAAUUAAGGAAGCCGUCACCGUAAAUAUCAAAGGGCCGAGGGAGGUGCUCAUCCUCUGCCGAAGCAUGACUAACCUCAGAGCUGUGAUACACGUCUCCACCGCCUACAGCAACUGUAUCAGGCCCGACAUCGAGGAGAAGUUUUAUCCUUCACCUAUCUCUGCGGAUGGUAUCAUGAAACUGGUGGACAGUGUUGAUGAAAGUAAACUGGAAGACAUGACACCAAGUUUACUAGGAAAUUAUCCGAAUAGUUAUACGUUCACCAAACAAAUUGCGGAGCAGUUAGUGCAGCUGUGCGGAAGAGAUUUGCCUAUUGGAAUAUAUCGUCCGGCAGUUGUGGUUUCGAGUUAUAAAGAACCCAUCGAGGGCUGGACAGAUAACGUCUACGGUGCUACUGGAGUCAUAGUUGGCAGUGCGAGUGGUCUGCUAAGAACCUUGCACUACGACAUAAAUUCUACAGCUGAAUUGGUUCCAGUUGAUUACACUGUCAAUGGUCUAAUAGCAACUGCCUGGGAUGUUGCGAAUAACAAGAACAAAGCUGUCGACCCACCAAUCUAUAACUACCAUUCCGCGUGGAACAACAAAUUGACGUGGGGAGAUUAUCAUGCUACUGCCCUGAAAUAUCUAAAACAAAUGCCAAGUGUCAAGAGCCAUUGGUGUUACUCGACAACAGUAGCCAGCACUCCAGUUAUAUUUUACAUAUACAGUAUGAUACUUCACAUUUUGCCUGCUUUACUGGUGGAUAUUGGGCUUUCUAUCAUCGGCCGAAAGACCAGAGCAAUGAAAAUGUACAGAAACAUCCACACAUUCUUAGACGCCAUCAACUACUUCGAUACACGCACGUGGAAGUUUUCGAAUGAAAAUACAAGAGGGCUGUGGGAGAAUUUAACUCCUGAAGAUAAACAAUUAUUCCCCUUCUCGAUGAUGGAUUUUGACUGGAAUGAUUACCUUUACAAGUGCAGUGCUGGUCUGAGGCGUUAUUGGUUUAAAGAUGACCCCAGCACAAUUCCAGUCGCGAAGAAACGCAUGGCGAGAAUCCUCAUCCUGCACAACGUGAUAAAAUACAGUUUCUUGGGCCUCGUCUGUUGGAUACUUUACAGAUUUUUCGCACUCGUCUACGGCUGGGGCUCGACGACAAUAAGUGCCUUCGCGACAACAUAAGAGAGCAUUACAAUACGAUAAACACGAAUGAUUUAUAUCAUACCCAUCAUUUUCUCAUCUGAAUGAUAGAAAAUUAAUUAAAAAAUUAAUGACAAAACCACUGAAUUCCACAAUUUUGCAUGCGAAUGAAUUUUACAAUCGCGAAUCACAAUUAGGGAUGGAUCAUUGAAAAUCAGUGACAUGUCCCUGAAUAUAAAAACGUGUUUUUUUCUGCUCUCAUUAAAAUUCCACACGAUCAAAACUUUUCAGUAACAAACCAUUGAUUAGAUUAAUUUCCCCGUCUUAUCUAAAUCCCACAGGCCAAGUUCAUUGACCACGAAAAAAAAAUAGAAUUAUCCACUUUAAAAAAAUGCAGUGGAACGAUUUUUGAAGCCUCUAUUCCGCUUAUCAACCGCUUAUUUCCGCUCAAUGUAGUAUGAUGUCUAUGUAUAUUGUUUUAUGUACUGUGAUUUUUUUAACAAUUA